GCCCCGCCUCCUCCUUGCAUAUAGCCGUCCCUCCUUUGAGUGCUCUCUUCUCCUGCCAGCAGCAGACUUCAUCCCUGCCAAGUUCUCCUCGGCUUUACGUAAAGACAGUACUUUGUCACCACCACCAUGUCCUCUGGAAACGCUAAAAUCGGCAAGCCUGCCCCAGACUUCACAGCCACAGCUGUAGUGGAUGGACAGUUCAAGGACAUCAAGCUGUCAAGCUACAAAGGGAAAUAUGUGGUCUUCUUCUUCUACCCCCUGGACUUCACAUUCGUGUGUCCAACUGAGAUUGUGGCUUACAGCGACAGGGCAGAGGAGUUCCGCAGUAUUGGCUGUGAGGUGAUCGGCUGCUCUGUGGACUCUCACUUCAGUCAUUUGGCAUGGAUCAACACACCAAGGAAGCAGGGAGGUCUGGGUGAUAUGAAAAUCCCCCUAGUGGCUGACCUAACCAAGACAAUUUCUGCAGACUACGGCGUGCUGAAGGAGGAUGAUGGCAUUGCAUACAGGGGUCUGUUUGUAAUAGACGACAAGGGCAUCUUGAGACAGAUCACCAUCAAUGACUUGCCUGUGGGUCGCUCUGUGGAUGAGACUCUUCGCCUGGUCCAGGCCUUCCAGCACACUGAUAAAUACGGAGAGGUCUGCCCUGCUGGAUGGAAACCAGGUAGCGACACCAUCAUCCCUGACGUUGAGAAGAGCAAAGACUUCUUCUCCAAGCAGUAAAUGGGAAGAUCUUCUAGUGGUCUCCCUAACCAUAGCACUUGCCUUCAGAUAAGGGUAGUCCCUGUGAAGCAGUAUCAUGGCGUCCAAUCUAAUGUGUUAAACUCAAGAAAUUCACAAGUUGUUCGAUAAAUCCUUCAAUUGGGGAUCUUGUCUUUGUACGUCCAAUGUACAAUUGGUGAGGCCACCUCAUAGUCUCAAGCACUGAACGUUUUGUUUCUUUUUUCAUAAAAGUAUUGAUUGUUUUUCCCUCUGCUGUCAAUCAUUUGCUACCAACUUUAUUAAAACAUUGGGAAAAUGGUGA